UUCCAAAUUCAGUGCGUUCACGACAACUAGGAUCUUGGGGGGGGAAAACGAGUUCCGACUAGAAAAAAUCGUUUGACCGGUCAUCAAACUCUGAAUUCAAGUUCGGAACUGGCGCCUCUUACUAGAGCUGCGACUUUCCGACCUGAAAAUCACUAACGUCAUGAUUUGACCCCGUUUUCCCAGUUUCUUUGAAAGCACAAUUAGGACACCGCUGACGCUUAAACCGACUAGCAAAAACCUUAAACGGACCCUUAUCUAAACCAAACCCUUAAACAUAACCCUAACCUAUACAUUCUGAAAUGAAAUAUAGGGUUGGGCGUCAGGCGUGUCCUUAUAGGCGUUUUCAUGUAUUGUCCAUGUCAUUGCGAACCAUAUAGCCAAGUCUGAAUGUAGUUUCUAGUCAGUUAUAUUAAUUGAAUAUUGAUAACACAUACAGUUUACACCCGACAGGUCAAGAGCCUACAAACAAGUAAAGAAACUGACAACUAAACCCAAAGGUCUCUAGUCUAGACAUCCGCGUUCCCACAAUUUUCAAAUGCUUCGGGUCUGUUUUUCGAGACUCGUGGUGUUGGGUGAUUAUGGGCCCAGUCACUUUUCGGUCACUAUCGCCUAAUUGUUAUUUUCCACUUCUGCAGUGCCCAUAUCGCAUGUCAUAAUGUCAAAGUCGGAUUUCCCUCCAGCCUAUGACGAUGCACUACAUGGGCCCAGGCCCCGGCAUGGGAACUACCCACAGCCCCCACCAGCAUAUGGACCAUACCCUGCUCAGUCCUCAGCACAAUACCCAGGACAAGCAGGGUACCCUCUGGGCUACCCUCCAUCUGGGAUGCCUUAUUCCAUUCCUCUAGGAAUGCCCACCUCCAACACAGUGGAAGACGAUGAAUUUGCAUAUUCUACAGCAUGGGAAAGCAUUUCUACUCGACAUGCAUUCAUCCGAAAAGUGUACUUAAUAUUGGCUGCUCAGCUCAUCGUCACUGUAUCAAUCGUGGCCGUGUUUACAUUUGUUGAGGAAGUCCGUGCGUUUGUCAUUAGGAACCCAGCCGUGUAUUGGGCAUCUUUCGCUGUUUAUUUUGUCACUUACUGCCUUCUUGUCUGCUGCAAAGGGCCAGGGAGACGCUUUCCUUGGAACUUUGUGCUGCUGGCCAUUCUUACACUGGCCAUGUCCUACAUGACAGGAACAAUAUCAAGCUACUAUGACACAAAAGCAGUGUUUCUGACCAUUGGAAUAACAGCAAUAGUGUGCAUAAUUGUCACCAUCUUCUGCUUUCAAACUAAGGUGGAUUUUACAUCGUGUGGGGGACUUUUCAGUAUUCUUGCCAUCGUAGUCUUGGUUACUGGGAUCAUCACAGCCAUCGUACUAUCCUUUAAAUAUGUCCCAUGGCUUCAUAUGCUCUAUGCUGCAAUUGGAGCUGUCGUUUACACCCUGUUUUUAGCAUACAACACCCAGCUUCUCAUCGGAAACCGCAAGCUUUCCAUCAGCCCAGAGGAGUAUGUUUUUGGAGCACUUUCACUUUAUGUUGAUAUUGUCCAGAUCUUCAUUUUCCUCCUGCAACUAGUUGGGGCUUCCACAGAUUAAAGGCAGGAGGAUGACAUACGACCUAGUGUGGAUAGAUCCUACUUAUAUUGUAUUUUUUCACCUCAAACUGUUGCUGCUCAUACAGGACUGUAAAUUAUACUUAUUUUUUUGGUCUUUUAAUUCCAUUAACAUAACCCUAUGAGAGUGCUGCAAACUUUCAAUUAAGAUUGUUAUAUAUUUAUAGUAUAUUUACUUAUUAUUCCCAGAAUGGAUGUUGGUUAUGUGAUGAUUUGGUAAGUUAUGAAUGCAAUAUGCAUACAUGAUUGUCUGAAUCGCAUUUGAUUUGACCUACAUAUGUUUAAAAUACAUUUCUUGUCCUUGUUGCCUUUUUCCUUCAACUGUAAGAAUGUAAAACUUAAUUGUCAAAAUGGCUCAAUAAACUGUCUUUGUAUGCAUCCCUUGGUGGUGUUAUAGUUAAACAAGGCCAGAGGGGGUGUGGUAUAUGUCCAAUAUACCACGGCUAAGGGCUGUUAGCGUUACGUAGAGUGCCUGGACAGAGCCCUUAGCCGUGGUGUUGGCCAUAUCAUAAACCACCAAGGUGCCUUAUUUCUAUUAUAAACUUGUUACCGAUGUAAUUAGAGCAGUAAAAAUGUUUUAGCAUACACGUCUGUCAGCCAAUCAGAGCUCGAACCACCCAGUUUAUAAAACAAAUAACAGUAUAUUCUAACAUCGCUUCCAUUUUCCUCAAUUGGAAAUGUGAUAACUGUAGAAAAGUUAACUUUUCUUGGUAUACAUUUCUGAUUAUCAGAACAAAUAAUUAAAGACAAUAUCACAUAA